CAUACUGCUAAUUAAGUUUUUUCCUCAACUUUCUGAUUAAAAGGUUCUUAAAAGUGGGAGUGCCAAGACACACCCUUAUUAUUAGAUUUCGUAUUGAACAUUGGAAGUGCGAAAAUUCAGUUGUAAGCUUUAACCGUAGCUAUAUUUACCGAAGAACAACUAGAAGAUUAUCAAGAUUGCACCUUCUUUACUCGUAAAGAAAUCUUAAGAAUAUUUAAACGGUUUCGGGAUAUGGGGAAUCCUGGGACAGUUCCACGAUCCAUGACACCUCAACAAGCAUCGACACUUCGUAUACCACUAUCUUGUUUAACACGCAUACCAGAAUUAAAGGAAAAUCCGUUUAGACAACGAAUUUCAGAGGUAUUUACGAAUUGCAAAAAUUCGAGUCAAUUAACACACGAUGGAUCAAACGAAGGAAUUUGUUUUGAGGAAUUCCUUGACAUGAUGUCAGUUUUUUCGGAGCAGGCACCACGGGAUUUGAAAGUCUUUUAUGCUUUUAAGAUUUAUGAUUUUGACGAAGAUGGAGUAUUGGGGAUGAGCGAUUUAGAAUGUACAUGUCGACAAUUGGUUCAAGAUGGUUUGAAUACCGAUGAAGUGGCUACUGUAUGUCGAAAAAUUUUGGAGGAAAGCGACAUUGAUGGCGAUGGUGUUUUAUCUUACCUAGAAUUCGAACAUGUCGUAACAAGGGCCUCAGAUUUCAUGGCGAAUUUUCAUAUAAGAAUUUAAUUCUUAUUGCUUUCGAAAAUAAAAAAUAAAAUUUACUGCCAGUUAAUGAAAAUUCACAUCUAUUUGCUCUUUUUAUUUUUAUUUUACAUAUUGUUGUAUAUAUAACAUUACAUUCUUUUAUUCGUGAAUUUCAGAUCAAGAGAUAUUCGGCAUAUUUGGAAAACGAAUCAUAUAUCUUUGAUAUUUUAUGCGUUACAUGUAUUUUAAGUAAUAAGUAAUAAGUUUUGCAAACUCAUGAAGGAUAAUUAUUAACUCCAUGAAUCUAUACAAGCUUAGUGAAGCGCUAACAUAUAGUUUCUUGCGAGUAACAGAUAUACUUUCUUAUAUGGCUCCAUAAGUCGCCCCUGUUGAGCAAUAACGAGCAAUGCUGACUAAAUAACCAGGCCAUUCAUUUUCACUUCAGACAGAAACCUCCUAUAAGUUUGCAAGUCGAGUCUCCAAUAACAUCUUUUAUACGAAGAUAAUCAAGAUUAUUACGUUAUUCGUGGGACAUCAAUUCUGAGAAUCAAAAAUUAUUAAAUUAUAAGUAAUUUAAUUUUGCAUUAGAUAAAGAUAGAAAGCGACGAAGAGCAAUUUCAUUAUAUUUAUAUCUCAUUUCAUUUAACGCAAUUAA